UCACUUCGACUCGAAUCCUGAAUAAUAAGUUUCCUGUUUAAUUAAUUGAUUAACGAUGAACAUUCGAUCUGCUUUCUGAACCCUUCUAUGCAGAGGAAACCAAGCAUUUCACUUCAAGGAGAGGAGCAAUACACCUAUCCGGUAUCCCCUCGAUCGCCUUUUCUUCCCAGAUUCAAAGUCUAGAAUUCUGGGAACCCUCUUACCUUACAGAUAUAAAGUAGCUUCGCUGGGCAGCUCUAUUUGUCGUUUCCGAUUCUGAUAUUUAACAAUCGAUGAGGCUUCUGCAAUUGGGCUUGUUGCUUUCUUUGGCAUCUGGAUUUGCCGCCAUUAUCAUUUACAUUACUGGAGUCUCUAAUCCCUCUGUAUUUGGGAGCUAUCAGCUUACAGACAAUGAGAUAGAAGCGUUGCUAUCUUUGCAGAGCAGUUUCCAGCAGUGCGUGAGUGCAAAUGGUCUAGGGCUCAAAGCUGUUCGGGGCAGAGAUUAUUGCCAAACCACAAUAAACUUCCCUAGUGAUACCAUCCCAAAAUGGAGAGAUCCCAAAACGGGUGAACUGGAAGCUUUGUCCUUUGAUUUCAAUCUAUGUGAAGCUGUGGCAACGUGGGAACAGGUUAGGAAUAGCACUACAAUACUCACCAAGGAAUUCAUUGAUUCUUUGCCAAAUGGAUAAGAAUAUGCAUGGCAGAGGAUCAACAAAGGAGUAAUUCUCAAACGCUGUGAGAACAAGACCUUAUGCAUGGAGAACUUUUCACUGGUGCUCCCUGAGACACCACCAUAUUUCCCAAGGCAGUUUGGACGCUGUGCUGUCAUUGGUAAUUCAGGAGAUCUCUUGAAGACAAAAUUUGGGAAGGAGAUAGAUGGCUAUGAUGCUGUAAUCAGAGAAAAUGGUGCUCCAACACAGAACUAUACCGAAUAUGUGGGUAAAAAGAACACAUUUCGUCUUCUUAACCGGGGGUCUGCCAAAGCUCUUGACAAAGUUGCAGAGUUAGAUGAUCAAAGGAAGGAGGUUUUGAUAGUAAAAACUACAAUUCAUGACAUCAUGAGCAAAAUGAUUCGGGAAGUGCCCAUAACAAAUCCAGUAUAUCUCAUGCUAGGUGCAUCCUUUGGUUCAGCAGCAAAAGGAACAGGGCUUAAGGCUCUUGAAUUUGCUCUCUCUAUAUGUGAAUCGGUUGAUAUGUACGGCUUCACUGUAGAUCCUGGAUAUAAAGAAUGGACUAGAUAUUUCUCUGAAUCUCGUAAAGGUCAUACCCCAUUGCAUGGGAGAGCUUAUUACCGAAUGAUGGAGUGCUUAGGA